UGUUCGCCUGCUUCCUCAGAUAAAAUAAACCAAAAGGCUUAGAUCAGGUGAAUGGCAUCAGGAAAUAACUUUGAAAAUCCCACUGAACAGAUAGUGAAAUUCAACUUCCUCCCUUGCCCAGACCCUGCCUACGCAGCAACGCGCAGCUCACUUUCUUUAACUUGCUGCCUUGGGCAUGACUUCCUUUCAGUAACCAGCCAAGCAAGAGCCCCGGACUGCGCAGGGAAAGAGAUGUCCACAGAUCCCGGAUCUGCAUAGCAGGGCUGCGUCCAGAGAAAGCUGACCAGGUCAUGGAAUCUGAAAUCUGCUACAAACGAACUUACCUAGGAAUAAGUCUCACUGAACUUAAUGGGACUUGUCUGGGCAGCCAAGCAUAGAGUUGCUCUGAGAGUCUGGUUGAUUGUUUGCUUAGAAGAGGAGCUGGAUUAAGGAGGAGCAAUAGUCUUGUCUUUCUCUGUGAAUGAAUCCAAAACCAACUUUGAAGACACAGCUAGUACAGUUUUUGGAGAAGAGGCACUGCUUUGAAUGGUUCUACAGCAACAAAACACGGGGAAAAUGCUGCCUUGGAAGAUAACAAUGUUCUGUACCCUCAUAGUUGUCAGCACAGCUUCCCAAAAUAUUAAUUUUGGCUCAUUCAUCCAUUCACCUAUUUACGGCAAAGGUAACGGAGGAGAGGAACAGAGAGAGUUGCACAGGCAGAAACGGCAGGAUGUGACCUUAGGCAUCUCACCUGUAGAAUACACAAUUGCUGUUGAGAUAAGUCUUCCGGAUUCCUCCCUCCUGGAGACCCUCAGAAGUUAUUUAAAAAGCCUUAGCUUCCCAAUCUCAGUAAAUGCUUCUGAUUCAGCUGUGAACAUUUCAAGCAUUGAUGUUACCACAGUGUGCAGCUCAGAUGGCCCUAAGGGCACCACCCACUGCUCUUGUGAGUCUGGCUAUGAAUGGCCGGCCAGGGCAUGCAGAGCUGCUCCAGCCUGUCCCAGUGCUGCGCCGGCAGCAGAGAGCUGCACCUGCCUUGCACAGCGGCCUCCUCAGGGAACCUACUGUCAACCGCAAUCUGCAGGUUUUCCGUUUAUAUACAUUAUAAAAAUGUCUGUCCGGCUUAACAAAGACUUUGAAGAUGAUCUGAGAAAUCUGUCCUCCAGCAUGUUUAAACGGUACAAAAGUGAUUUGGAGAAAGCGUUUACCAAGGGAUACAAAUCAUUGCCAGGCUUCAGAAGUGUAAAAGUUACAGGAUUCAGACCUGGAAGCAUCAUGGUUCAAUAUGAAUUAACAUCAGCAGUGAAUAUGCCACCUGAAAGUGCAAAUACAGAUGCAGCUGAAGCCUUAGAUCGUUCCUACAAAAUUGUACCCACAUCAUUUGAGAGGUCUUCAAUGGAAGUGCAUGGUGGAACAAACAUCUCCGUUUCUCCUGACGAGAUUUUUGAGGGUGAUACGGUAACAAUGACAUGCGAGUCAAAUUCUUCUUCGGGGGCAACCUGGCAGUUCCCAGAAACUUUCAGCCGUGGCAGGGAGAUUCUUAAAAAUGACACUAUAGAUGGAAAGUCAACAUCAACACUGAAAAUUACAAACAUUAAAUUGGAAGAUGCUGGUUAUUACCGUUGCAGCUUUAUGGAAUGGACUCAUAAUGUGUCAGUCAUACAUGUUGCUGGGACUAAUAUAACAGUCUCUCCAAUCAAAAUUGUGCCCUCAGAGGAUGUUGAGAUUGUAUGCAAUGGUGACACUAAAGAACUGAGUUGCUGCACAGACAGAGAUAUGCAGUUCUUCACUUAUUACUGGAAAACAAAUGGAGCAAUAAAUAUUUCAGGGACCACCACUGCCACUCACAACUGUACCAAGUACCUCCUUCAGGCUAAUGAAUCUCAAUGCCCAGCAGACAAGUCUGCAACCAAAACGGAUUACACUUGUGAGCUGAACACUACCAAUGGUGCCCGCAAACACAAAGUUAUCGGUGUUACAUAUUAUCGAGUGGCAAAUGUGAGCAUAUCUUCUGGAACAAAUGGCAAGGUUUCCGAGGGACAGCGUUUCUGUCUAAGCUGCAACAGUGAUGUGAGCAACUUUGACAGCGUCACCUGGCAAAUCCAAAGUGGAAGCUCUACGAAGCAGGUUGACAGCGUGUGGCACACCACCAAUCACAGCGGACCGGGGGCAAAGUCUGUGCUUACGGUCGGCAGUGCUAAUCUGGACUGGGAUGGCAACUAUACCUGCACCUUUACCCAAGGAUUUCUGAACAAUUCUGCACACAUGCAAAUUGACGUGUUUCCUUUGCCACUGAAAGAAGACAUUAUAAGAGAUCCCAUAAAGGCAUCCAUCCCUUGUCCAGGGACUCAGGUUCUAAGGUGCUGUACAAGCAAGACGGGAAAUUACACCGUGAAGUUCUAUGUUGAACAAACGCCUACCUUUGUUCAGAGAGAAAGAAGAGGAACAGGCUGCUACCAGCACACAGUAAAUUUCAUAGAAACUCAAUGCGGUUCUACAGAGCGUUUAUUACAAGUGUAUUGUGAGUUCCGUAACCAAAUUGAUGGGCAUGUUAAAAGUUCACCAAUAUUCCUAAAACUUUUACCAGCAAAGAAGGUAGCAUGCAAAUCUUCAGAGAUUGGCACUGGAGAGGAUGGAGCUGAGCUCACAAGGCCUUGCAUGAAUGAGACAAACCACCCUGUCAGAGGAAGUAUCACCUAUAAGUGCAAACAUAAUUUGUGGGAAAUAGUGAGAAAUAGCUGCCUAGCCGUCCCAGUGGAUGACCUUCUCAGUUCUGCAGAGUCUUUGGUGUCUAGUCCUGAGCAACAGAAGAAUUUGCCUGAAUUCCUCCGCCACCUGAACCAUACCGUCAAGCAACAGCAGCAAAGUAUGAAAGCUGUUGCAAACCUGAAAGCUGUUGUGGAAAUUUUGAAUAUGGUUUCAGUCGUGCCGGUAGCUGCUGAGCGGGCAACAAUGGAAAAUUUUUUAUCCACAGUAGACAUGGUUAUCAGCAGUCCACCAAAAACUUGGAAGGAUUUUGAGAAUGGAACUUCUCAAUUACUGGCUUCAGUGGAGCAAUUUUCUGACUCCCUUCAACCUAUUAAUAGUUCUAUUCCUUCCAUCAGCUAUGAGAACCUCCAGCUCAAAGGUGUGGUCAUUGACAAAAGCAAGGUUUCAGGCUACGACGAGAGCUUUACAUUCUCCAAGCCCUCAAACCUCAAUGGUAGUGUGCUAAUUAACAAAGCAAACAUUCAAGCUGGAAACUCCAGCUCCACCAUCAUCAGUGUGGCUUAUUCAACUUUGGGACCUAUUAUUCCACAGCAUAAGGAGAUGGAUGAAUUCGUAGUAAAUGGUUUAGUGAUGACAACGCUAAUCAAUGCCAGCAGCACACUAAGUGAUGAUUUCAGGAUCAUUAUGACAUUUACGAAGGAUAACAAGACCCUGAAAAAUCCUCGAUGUGUAUUUUGGAAUUUCAGCUUCUCAGAGGAUGGUGGAGGUUGGGACACUACUGGCUGUGAAAGCACAGAGAAUGGGGACAAUGUCACUUGCUCUUGUAAUCACUUGACUUCAUUCUCCAUUUUGAUGUCUCCCGGUAACGAUCCAUGGGACACGUUGGAUUACAUGUCUUACAUUGGUGUGAGCAUUUCUAUAUUAAGCCUGGUGGCCUGCAUUGGCAUAGAAUUUGUCGUGUGGAAAUCAGUGACCAAAGCAAGAAUAUCCUACAUGCGCCAUGUUUGCAUCCUGAACAUAGUGAUUUCUCUCCUGAUUGCAGACAUCUGGUUCAUUGUGAUAGCAGGAAUGCAUGACGCAAACACGAAAAUGGACCAGGCUUGGCUCUGCAUAGCAGCAGCAUUCUUCAUUCAGUUUUUCUACCUCUGUGUCUUCUUUUGGAUGCUAGCCUUGGGCCUCAUGGUGUUCUACCACUUGGUCUUUAUCUUACACAAUGCAAGCAAGACCAUCAUGAAAGCUCUCGGCUUCUGCUUGGGAUACUUUUGCCCACUAGCUAUAUCUGCUAUCACCUUAAGCAGCACCCACCCACAUUACACGAGAAAAAGGGUCUGCUUACUCAACUGGGAUGAGAGCAGAGCUCUCUUGGCCUUAGUCAUUCCUGCCAUGAUCAUUGUUGCUGUCAAUGUGAUUGUUACCAUUGUGGUCAUAGCAAAAAUACCAAGACGUUCCAUUGGUGAAAAAUCAAUAAAUGAAGAAAAGAGCUCUUUGUAUCGCAUCACCAAGUGUAUCGGUGUUCUGACAUCACUCUUAGGCCUCACCUGGUUAUUUGGCCUUGCUACAGUUAUCCCUGGAAGCCCUAGAGCAUUCCACUACUUAUUUACUCUUUUCAAUGCUUUUCAGGGAUUAUUCAUUCUGCUGCUUGGAAUCCUCUCAGAUAGGAAGGUACGGGAAGCUCUGUGGAAUAAGUGUUCCCUCUCCAGCUGGAGUUCACAACACACAAAGUCAACAUCCCAAGGCAUGUCAGCUCCUAUGCUUUCCAUCAGUUCUCCAUUCUCAAAAACUUUAAACAACUUGUUUGGCAAAACAGGAAAAUAUCAAGUCUCUUCUACAGAACCAGCAUCUUCUUCAGCUUCUGAAAGCACUUCAAAGGUGUAUUCUUUGCUAAACUGAGAAGCUUGGAAGACCUCGGGGCUCUUUCCCCUGAUGUUGCAAUAAGCAUGGAAAUGAUUGGUGAAUAAUGGAAGCAUGGACUUUGUACAGGCUGUAAAGAACUGUGGCGUAUUAGCUUAACAUAAUAUUUCUUCGGUAUACCAUGCACUGUCUGGAAACUUAAUUAUAAUAUCUGCUUGAUGCUAGAAGAAAUUCAGUGAUGCGGGUCCCAAUGCCACAAGAAGCUGGAUACCAUCUUGUGCCAGAGUCCCGCCUAUCCUUCAGUACAUGGUCGUGCUUUCUCCAGCCCCUGUUGUCGUCAUGGGACCAGUAGAUGUGCAGAGCAACUGGGCACUCUGGCUUUCAGGGCAGAGUGAGAGAUGCAACACAGCAAAGUAGGUAUCCAGGCACCUCAAACGAGUUCCUUGCUGGAUUGUAGCAUCUCUGGGUGGGUUUGUUUUUUGUGCUUUUUGCAAUGUUUGAAGCAGGACCGCCCAAACUUUUCAUAUGUAUAGGCACAUCUGGAAAAUCAGAAAAACUGUUGUACUGGCAAGGCCCUCCUACAAAAUGGUGGUUGUGAGGGCCUUGCCAGUACAAAGCACAAGUAAAUUGCUCAAGGAGCUAACACGGGUGAAGUUUGAGCCAAACAAUGCAUUUGUUCUCACAAAGCACAAUAAAAUACCAACUUCACUGGAAGAAAACUGAUGUUCAUGCAUGCAUGUGCAAACACGAACACACCACAGGAAAACCCCAGCAAUUUGCAUUGCAACAGCCAACUGCAAAAUGAGAAACAUGUUCUGACUGAAAUGAAUUGGGCUGUUUUCAACACUAAAUGGCAGGCCCAAGGGGCUGAUCUCCAUCAGGACCCUCAUAUGUGGGGCAUAAUGUGUUUUCACCUUUUGCUCCCUACUGGAGUCUCAAUCUGGAUUGUAAUUUGCACUACCAUUAAGAACCCACCACCACACAGUGUAGAGCCCCCUGCAGUGGCAUUUUAUGGACAAGAAAUUCUCCCUGGGCUCCGUGGCUUCCUCUCCCCAGCUCAUCUCCUCUCUCUUCACUCCCUCCAGUUUCCAAAGGGGCACCUGGCACUGCCCAAAGGCUGCAGGCGCUGGGCAGCACAGGCUCUGUCUCCUGCUGGCUCCGCUUCCAGGAGCAGCCUAAGGCCGAGCAAAGCAUAGCAGGUGGACAGGAGGCCUUGAAGGGGCGAGGGAGGGGAGGGACUGCUGUGGCGCCCACAAGGGCUGACAGGACACCAGGAGACAAGGCUACCCUGACCUGCGCAGGAAAGAGUGAAGUGGAAUGAAGUAGGACUUCUGCUUAAGAAAGAGUAAUAGGACUAUCAUGUCAGUUGUGUAAACUGCCCUCUAUAAAGCACUUUACUUUUACAGUAGAGAACAAUUUCCAGUUGUACACCUUGCUUUACUAAAAUGAAGGGGAAAUGUCUAACUUUUCUGUAAACAUGUAAAUAUAUAUUUAUUUAUGGUCAUACUUAAUAAAAGGUGCUCGCACUGUGUUUAAACAAACACCU